CCUGAACUGACUUACUACAAGUUGUCCAACUACCUACUAACUGCUUUGUACUUUUUUAUCUUUUAAUUACACAGACUGAAGAUGGUGUUAUCCGUCCAUUCCGCUGCACAGAAUAAUCAGCUUUCGCUAGUUCGUACAUUGAUAUCAGAGAACCCCAAACUAGUCAACGAAGCGGAUGUGGAUGAAAGAACCCCUCUUCACUGGGCAGCCUCUUCGGGAUCAAUCGACAUAGCUCGAUACCUGGUUGACCAAGGAGCCGAAGUAGACAAAGUAGAUGGUAGUGGCUGGACACCACUUCAUAUCGCUGUCAGCGCAGGUCAUGAAGAUGUCGUUCGAGAACUGAUUGGAGCAGGGGCUGACGUAAACAGGAAGAAUGACAAGGGUAUCACCCCACUGUAUGGUAUCUAUUCAUCCGAUGGGUACUCCAUUAAUCUCCCUGUCAAGGCAUUAUGCUGCAUCAAAAUCUCGCGUCGAUAUUGGUAAAUUUCUGAUCUCCAGAGGCGCCGAUAUAAAUGCUAAGGAUAAGGCGAAUCAAGUCCCACUCCAUCGAGCUGCUACUACAGGAUCCACCGGAUUUGUCGCUCUCCUUCUCAAGCCCCCCCAAGGCUCACCAAAGACUCGGUUGAAUAAUGCUGAUCGCAUGGGAAAUACACCUUUACAUCUUGCCAUGGACUCGGCUCAUGCACAAGCAGCUGUCCUCCUGAUUGAAGCUGGUGCAGACAGAGGUCGCGAAAACCUUGACCAACAGACACCGGAAGCCCUCGAUGGUGUUGGAGGUACGGAACAGAAGCGAGCAAAGGAAUAUGUGAUUGAGCGAUGUGGGAAACCAUGAAGCUUGUACGGAUACUUGGAUAAACUUCUGAGCAAAGUAGUCAUUGACAGAUGUAUGAAUAAGGAUAAAAUGGCAGAGAAUUAUGUUUGUACUUUACCCCAUCAACUUUAAAAUAUGACGGUGCAAAUAAAAUCAAUCAAUCA